AGCGUAAUGAGAAGGCUUCCUGUUUCUGUAAGAGGGUCUGUCGGCGGUUUCUUCCUUUUCAAACUUAAACAAUAGCUAUAUCUUUUGAAGAUAGUUUGAUACAGCUUCUCACUGUUUCAAAUGUAUUUACUUGAACAGAUUACUACCAAAGUGACAGUUACAAAACUCAUACAGCUGCACAGUUCUCACUGGGAGUGUGUUUGAAUUAAAGCAAGAAUAAUCACCAAGCAACUCUGAAUACUCUGUGACAAGAACAACCUGUUGACUGGACCAAAAAUGGCUUCUGGAUUGGAACGUGUCAUCCUGUUAUCGAUUCUUGGUCUAGGAGGAUUUCUGAUGCUGUUUUUAAUGUACCAUAAAUCAGCUCCUUCUCAGAUCUGCCCCCCCAAGCCUGCUUUUCCAGGUCCUUACUCAAAGCGACAUGAGAACAGGUCCUUGUCUAAGCAGCCAGAGCCAGAAAAGCCCAUCAUGCUGUUGUGGUUCUGGCCUGAAAACCGCAGGUUUGAUUUUAGCGAUUGUGCCACUUUCUUCAACAUUGAUGGCUGCCACCUGACAGAUGACAGGUCUCUGUACAACAAGGCAGAUGGUGUGCUCAUCUUUCACAAAUCCAUCAAACACGAUUUAUCCAACUUGCCUCCAUCACCUCGACCACCAUUCCAGAAGUGGAUUUGGUAUCACGUGGAAUCACCUACAAACACAAUUAGGAUACCUGGUCUAGAUAACCUUUUCAAUUUGACCUUGAGUUAUAGGGAAGACGCAGACAUCCCUGUUCGUUGGCGUUUGACUGCAAGGAAAAGCCAGGGUGAAGACUUUGUGUUGCCAAAGAAGGAUAAAUUAGUUUGCUGGAUUGUGAGUAAUAAAGACCCUGCAACUGGAACAGGGGUACGGAAUAACUAUUACAGAGAACUUGCCAAACAUAUUAAAGUGGAACUCUUUGGCAAGGCCUUUGCUAGAUUCUUGAAAUAUGAGGACUACUACUCAACACUCUCCAGCUGUAAGUUCUACCUCUCCUUUGAGAACUCAGUCCACAAAGACUACAUCACAGAGAAGCUAAACGGACCACUUGCAGCAGGAACAGUGCCAGUAGUAUUGGGCCCACUGAGACAGAACUAUGAAGACUUUGUCCCAGGAGAUUCCUUCAUCCAUAUUAAUGAUUUUCCCGAUGCAAAAGCACUGGCUGAAUUCCUCCUCAAGUUGGACAAGGAUGAUGAGGCAUAUCUGCGCUACUUUCAGUGGCGUAGAAACUUCUCUGCUCAGCAACAUCUGGUUCAACUGAGUCAAGAGUUCAUCCAAGCUAUUUGUUAUGGAUGUGACCAUGUAGGACAACAUAAAGAAUACCGGGUUGUUCACAACCUUUACAAGUGGUAUUUCGUGUAAUUAGUCACUUAUGAUGAGCUUUUAUCAUAAAUUGCAUGUCUAUUAUCUUCAAUAUACCAAAAAGGUAUCUUGAUUUAUCCCAUAGGGAGUGCAUACACCGCAUCGAAUGUAUGUUUUAGUGACCAACCGCAGAUGGGUGUCUGACUGCCAACAUUUUUGCGAGAUUCUACAUGUAGAAUCACCUUACACUCUGUUUGCACAUUACGGCUGGCUCUCUGUUCAGAGGUGUUAAGUACUCUCGGCCGACAGACACUACCGGUGUCUCCGUGCCUUUAUACUCACAUUUGUCUAUGAAAACUUGGUAUUGGUAGACUGGCCUAAUAUACACUGCUCAAAAAAAUAAAGGGAACACUAAAAUAACACAUCCUAGAUCUGAAUGAAUGAAAUUCAUAUGAAAUAUUCUUAUUAAAUACUUUUUUUCUUUACAUAGUUGAAUGUGCUGACAACAAAAUCACACAAAUUAUCAAUGGAAAUCAAAUGUAUCAACCCAUGGAGGUCUGGAUUUGGAGUCACACUCAAAAUUAAAGUGGAAAACCACACUACAGGCUGAUCCAACUUUGAUGUAAUGUCCUUAAAACAAGUCAAAAUGAGGCUCAGUAGUGUGUGUGGUCUCCACGUGCCUGUAUGACCUCCCUACAACGCCUGGGCAUGCUCCUGAUGAGGUGGUGGAUGAUCUCCUGAGGGAUCUCCCAGACCUGGACUAAAGCAUCCGCCAACUCCUGGGCAGUCUGUGGUGCAACGUGGCGUUGGUGGAUGGAGCGAGACAUGAUGUCCCAGAUGUGCUCAAUUGGAUUCAGGUCUUGGGGAACGGGUGGGCCAGUCCAUAGCAUCGAUGCCUUCCUCUUGCAGGAACUGCUGACACACUCCAGCCACAUGAGGUCUAGCAUUGUCUUGCAUUAGGAAGAACCCAGGGCCAACCGCACCAGCAUAUGGUCUCACAAGGGGUCUGAGGAUCUCAUCUCGGUACCUAAUGGCAGUCAGGCUACCUCUGGCGAGCACAUGGCCACCCCACACCAUGACUGACCCACCGCCAAACCGGUCAUGCUGGAGGAUGUUGCAGCAGCAGAAUGUUCUCCACGGCGUCUCCAGACUCUGUCGCGUCUGUCACAUGUGCUCAGUGUGAACCUGAUUUCAUCUGUGAAGAGCACAGGGCGCCAGUGGUGAAUUUGCCAAUCUUGGUGUUCUCUGGCAAAUGCCAAACGUCCUGCUCGGUGUUGAGCUGUAAGCACAACCCCCACCUGUGGACAUCGGGCCCUCAUACCACCCUCAUGGAGUCUGUUUCUGACCGUUUUAGCAGACACAUGCACAUUUGUGGCCUGCUGGAGGUCAUUCUGCAGGGCUCUGGCAGUGCUCCUUGAGCCACUUGUGUGGGUUGUAGACUCCGUCUCAUGCUACCACUAGAGUGAAAGCACCGCCAGCAUUCAAAAGUGACCAAAACAUCAGCCAGGAAGCAUAGGAACUGAGAAGUGGUCUGUGGUCACCACCUGCAGAACCACUCCUUUAUUGGGGGUGCCUUGCUAAUUGCCUAUAAUUUCCACCUGUUGUCCAUUCCAUUUGCACAACAACAUGUGAAUUUUGUCAAUCAGUGUUGCUUCCUAAGUGGACAGUUUGAUUUCACAGAAGUGUGAUUGACUUGGAGUUACAUUGUGUUGUUUAAGUGUUCCCUUUAUUUUUUUGAGCAGUGUAUAAGGACCUUCUCAGAGAAGGUCUUUUAGAAAUGUUCUCCGUUUCUGUUCUGGAGGUGUUUCCCUGUUACAACUUGUAAUAAAUUGGAUAGAUUUUUUAUUGGUAUUA